AUGGAAGCAGAAUCAGAGGGAGGAUUGCCGACAUAUGUGGUCAAGAAGGAACACCAGGAAGAUCCUGAUUGGAAAGGAAAGCAUCCGUUGCUAUCCCCUAAUGUUCCACCACCUCAGCCAGCAAAGUCGGUCAAGCUGAAUGUCCCAGGCUAUGAUGGAUAUACGCUUACGACACCAAGAGAGGGUGAUGCGUGGUCAAUGCAAGUACUGCUGGGUUUCUACCUCAAUAAUGGACCAAUCAAUAUCAAGAAACCGUACAAUAAGGAGAACAUCCACUCUUGGUUCGAGGAUACAAUAUACUUCACCAACUUCAUCCUUCGUCUAAACAAUUCCAAAGAGCGUCAUGCCUCACUCUUCGACGAAUUGAAUCCGAUUACAGCGUCCAUCCCAUUCCAGAUAAUCCGCCAUGAUGACAAACUCAUAGGUCAUUGUGCAUUGAGUCCAGCACGGGGACCUAUAUCUGGGCAUGUCACGAGUGACAAAGAGUAUGCGAAGCUAAGCUUUUUACUCUCCCCUGAUCAUCGGCACAGAGGAGUCAUGUUCACGGCUCUUUGCACUCUCUUCACAAUAGCGGCGGAAGAGUUCGAUAUUAAUAUGGUACAUGCUGUCUCACACUGGGACAACGAAUCUACAACUAGGCUGCUGCAAAGGUUGGCGGACUGUAAUAUUCUGAGAUGGGGAGCCACGACCAAAUAUGAGGUAGAGGACAAAUUAAUCACCGUCGAACACAGAAGUAAGGAUGUAGAACUGAAGCGGGGCAUUUCGUGGUUAUUCAGGAUCGGGAAAUCCGCAUCGAUACUGGACAAGGACACGGUAAUUGACGCGGCAAGAAAGAAAGGACAAAAAGACAAAGAGCCGUCACCAGAAUUCCUCAGCUUAGGAGGAAUGUCCAAAAAUACGCAGCCAAACUUUGACAGCAUUGCACGUGCAGCUGCUGGUCUUCCGAGCAUUACACCUCGACCGACUAUCGAGACAGACGACCUGACUCCGCAACAUUGGUUUCAUCCCAACAACGUGAUCAAUGAUCCGUCCUUUCGCAAAUUCUUCGAUCCCGUGCAGAAGACCAAUCCCGAGCCCAUUGUUUUGGAAGAAAAGUUACGCCCAAAGAAGGAGGGAUAG